UGCCUGCCCCCCUCUCCCUCCCUCCCUCCCUCCCCGAGGAGGCGAUGCCGCUGCUCCAUCGGAAACCGUUUGUUCGACAGAAACCUCCGGUCGACCUGAAGCCGGACGAGCAAGUUUUCUACUGUAAAGUGACUAACGAGAUCUUCAGAGACUACGAUGACUUUUUUGAAAGGACAAUUCUUUGCAACAGUCUGGUGUGGAGCUGUGCUAUUACAGGCAAGCCAGGGCUGACUUACCAAGAAGCCCUUGAGUCAGAAAGCAGAGCCAGGCAGAAUCUCCAGAACUUCCCCGGGCCGCUGGUAGUGCCCAUCCUCUACUUGACUACCCUUACUCAUUGCUCCCGCCUUCAUGAACUCUGUGAUGACAUCUACACAUAUACUAAGGACCGUUACUUUGCUGGUGAAAUAAUUGAAGUAACUAAUACCAAUGGCACCAGGCAAACCUGCAAGAUUUUGGAGGUUGUCACCCCACCGGUGCAAAAUGGAACUGCAAACGGGCACAUAAGCAACCGAGCUGAAGAUGUUGUGAUUGUCAUCAGUGAUGAAAGCGACAAUGAGGAUGGGUCCACAAGCUCUGCGCAUGCUGGGAAGAAGAAAAGUAAGGUUGACGUGUCAUUGUUCAAAUACAAGGUGAAACCACUGAAAAGUGAAGGAAAUGAAAUCAUAAUAAAGGCUGCCCAGAUGAAUCGCAAGAAAAACGUCUAUUCCCGAGACAAACUGAAGCUUUUUCUCAAACAACAUUGUGAAUUGCGGCACUCUCUUCUCAAAGUCAAGUCCACUACAGCCACCAAAUACAAGCUUUCAGAGCAGAAUUUCUCCCACUUGUUCCCGGAUGAUCCACUCGCAUUUCCUUUCAGUCCCACCAGUAGAGGACGGGGACGGGUAGCCAAGCAUCGGGGAUCAUUCUCAAACUCACAAUCUGAUGGCGCUACAGAUGGUGAGGGAACUCCACAGUACAAGAACAAAUCUGCACGGGAAAUUGAAAGAUUGCGGAAACAUAGGGAAGAAAUGAAGGGAAUGGCAAAAAGGAGGAAAGAAGACGAAAUUGCAAGUGACUUAAAGAAAAGAAAGGCUGAGGUGUUAGAAGCUAAGAAAAAAGAAAAGGAGGAUAAGGAGAAGAAGAGAGAAGAAUUAAAGAAAAUAUUGGAGGAAGAGAAACUGAAAAGAAAAGAAGAAAAAGAACGACUAAAAUUGGAAAAGGAAAAGGUAAGAGAAAAACUGCGAGAGGAAAAGAAAAAAUAUGCUGAAUAUCUUAAAGAAUGGAAUAAGCCCCGCGAAGAUAUGGAAUGUGAAGACCUAAAGGAGCUUCCAUCUCCAAUGCCAGUGAAGACCAGGUUACCAUCAGAGCUUUUUGGGGAUGCACUAAUGGUUCUGGAGUUUUUGAAUGCAUUUGGAGAGCUGUUUGAUCUGCAGGAUGAAUUUCCAGAUGGCAUGACUCUAGAAAUGCUGGAAGAAGCACUUGUUGGGAACGACACUGAAGGACCACUAUGCGAGUUGCUGUUUUUUUUCCUGAGUGCAAUCUUUCAGGCACACGCAGAAGAGGAGGAGGAAGUGGCAAAGGAGCAGUUAAAAGAGGCUGAUACUAAAGAUUUAACUGAAGCUUUAGAUGAAGAUGCAGAUUCCACCAAAUGCGCAGUGUCUGCAGUUGCUGCAUUUGCAGCUGCGUGGCCCCAGCUUUACCAAGGCUGCACUUUGCGUGAUUUGGAUCUUGACAGUUGCACUCUCUCAGAAAUCCUCAGGCUUCACAUCUUAGCAGCAGGAGCAGAUGUGACACCCGCCAACGCAAAGUAUCGAUACCAGCAACAAGGUGGAUUUGACGCUACGGAUAAUGCCUGUGUGGAACUUAGACUCAAUAAUCCAGGCCUUUUGAAGAAACUAUCAAAUAUUCCAGUGUAUGAUUUGACAGCAGCGGACAAGCUGAAAUUACUGCAGGCACUUUGUGGACAACUGCUAACCCUGGUCUCCACCAGGGAUUUCAUUGAAGAUAAUGUGGAGAUCCUGAAACAAGCCAGGCAGGAAUUUAGGGAAUUGAAAGCUGAACAACACCGUAAGGAGAGAGAAGAGGCUGCAGCAAGAUAUCGCAAGAAAAAAGAGGAGCGACUGAAAGAACAGGAACAAAAAAUCAAGGAAAAGCACGACCAGUUAAAAGAGGAGGAGCAGAGAAAUUCUAAAGGCAAUGCAGUUGAAGAGGACGCAACUCAGGAAGAGCUUGAGACUAGCACUGAGAGCCGGGUGUCUGCACACAUAGACCGAGGGCACGACACGGCUACAGAGGAUGAAGAGGAAGUAGGACCAAGUAAAAGAGACCGAAAAGGCAGGAAAAGUCUAAAUGAGCUUAAAGAUACUCCGAGUCGUGAGGAGACUGAAGAAAGUGCGACGGAAAAGAGAGAGAUGUUAGCUCCAGAGGAGGAGGAAGUUUUCAAACGUGAGCAGCAAAGGAAGGAAAAGGAAAUGUGGGAAAAGAUUCAGAUCGCUUCGUCCUGCACCAAUAUUGUUCCUUUAGGACGUGACCGCCUGUACCGCAGAUACUGGGUCUUAAAUUCCGUACCAGGAUUGUUUGUGGAGGAAGACUUUGAGGGCUUGACAGAGGACAUGUUACAGCCCUAUCCUGUCAAAACUGCAAUUAAUAACGCACAGUCUCAGGGAAAUGCUAGACUGUCUGAUACAGCACCAGGUAGUGAAUCCUCCGAAAGCGGAGCUUCAGGGAAGGUGGAGCAACAGCCUGCUGAGCCACACAAUACAGACCUUUCUCAGGACCAAAACUCUUUUGUUUCUCCUUUGGAACCUUCGCAACCAUCUACCUCAAGCCAGGACCAAAUUCUUGAUGCCAGCUCGACAGAAGAAUUGCACAAACCAGUAAACAAACCGAAUAGAUGGUGCGUUUAUUCAUCACCAGAACAAUUAGACCAGCUAAUUGAAGCACUUAACUCAAGGGGAAAACGAGAGAGCUGUUUGAAAGAAUCCCUUCACCAGGAGAAAACCCGAUUAACCGAGAGACUGACUAAUUUUCCUGUGGAAAGAUUCAGCAUUCCAGAUAAAGUUCCAGUGGAGAGCAAGUCUGCACGAAAUUCUUUUAAAAGUGCUCACAACACAAAUGACGCUUCCCAGUUGUCUGCUGAGAAACAGCUUGAGCUACGAUUGAAGGAUCUACUUCUGGACAUUGAAGAUCGAACCUGGCAAGGAACCCUGGGGGGAAUAAAGGCAGUGGGAAGAGACGUGUGGAGGGCAGCUCUGGAGUCUGCACACUACGCAUUAUUAGGUGAAGCGAUUCCUACACAGAACGGUGUUCGAGUACUGGAGAAUGAUGUGAAAGAAAACGGAGCUAUGAAAAUUGAGAAUGAAGAGGCCAACGAUGGCAUGAAUAUUAAAUCUGGCUCGAAAGACAGGCUUUGUGAACUGAAGACUGAAGCAAGAAGCAUCGUAUCUACCAAUGCAAGUACACCACAGCCAGUAAAUCUUGUAGUGCGUUACCUGGCCAUCGCUUUGCUUCACUUGGAACGCGGGAUUGAGCGCAAGUUCCUGAAGCCUCCUUUAGGAGAAGCGGACGAGGUCAAGAAAGAACAGAAAGACAAGAAGAAGAAAGAUGAUAAGAAAAGGAGAGAUGACGAUCAAUCCAGUGAAAAGGAUGAUGCCAGUGACGGGGGUAAGGUGCAAAAGACGUUACUGGAUCGCUGGCGAGAGUCGCUUACGGCUUCUACUAGUUUAGCUCAGGUUUUCCUUCACCUAUCAACACUGGAUCGUAGCAUUUUAUGGGCUAAGUCUCUGUUGAAUGCUCGCUGUAAGAUCUGCCACAAGAAGGGGGAUGCAGAGAACAUGCUAUUGUGUGAUGGCUGUGACCGAGGACAUCAUACAUACUGCCUGAGACCAAAGAUUAAGACUAUUCCAGAAGAUGAUUGGUUCUGCCCUGAAUGUAGGCCAAAGCAACGGUUUCGCCGUCCAUCAGCCAGGCAGAGACCAGCGUUAGACAGUGAGGAAGAAGUGUUUGAAGAGUUGGAAGAAAUGGAAGAUGAGGAGGAGGAGAGCGAAGAGGAGGAAGAAACAGAGGUGGAAGAUGAUGAAACUGAAGAAGAGUAUGAAAUAGAAAGGCAACUACGAAGAGGAAGAACUCGGGUAAAACUUCAAGUUAAGAGCAAGAGCGGUAAAGGUAGCGCCACAACUGUAGCACAUGGUCAAGGUACCGAACCAAGAAGGUAUCCCUCUCGCAGCCGGUCAAACACCCCCAAACUAACUCUAUCUGGUGCUAAAAAACGACGUGGUAAAAAAGUGGGGCGACCAAAAUCUUUACCAAACGCUGAAGUGAAACCUUUGGCGAGACUGAGUGGACGUAUGAAGAAUAGUCGUUGGUCAGAAGGAUCUUUUAUUGAACUUGGUGUGCCUCGUCGUCGCCGGAGGUAUCGUAAAGCUGCAGCCAGAUCCCCGGAGUAUGGAGCCUCCACAUCCUGCCGUCUAAGAAGGCUCUCGGAUUUGGACAACUCUCAGGAAGAACCCGUCAGGAAGAAGAGGAAGUACACACGUCGCGUUGAGCAGACCACUCCUCCUCCACUGAUACAAUCCGGCAAAAGAGGAAGGAAACGAAAAUCUGCAGAUACAGUGGUCGAAGUAUUGAAAGUAACUGGAAAUAGGAGGAGCUCAGGUCGUAAUUCUGGCAUACAUGAGCUUUCUGUUUGUGAACAACUUAUUGUUGAUCUGGUACGACACGAAGACAGUUGGCCAUUCCUCAAGCUGGUAAACAAAGCCCAGGUUACGGAUUACUACGAUAUUAUUAAAAAACCAGUUGCCUUAAAUAUUAUAAGAGAAAAGCUAAACCGAUGUCAGUAUAAUUAUGCAUCGGAUUUUAUUGACGAUGUGGAAUUGAUGUUUACAAACUGUUUUGAAUACAAUCCUCGAAACACAAGCGAGGCAAAAGCUGGGAUGAAACUUCAAGCCUUCUUUCACAAUCAAGUCGAAAAACUGGGAUUGCCAGUGAAACCUGCCAAUGUGGACCAUCCACCACAACUUGCAGCUACUAAACGGUCAAGAAUUUAAGGUUAUUUAGUGGUAUCUUUUUAAAUGGGAACAUGUUAAAAAGUACGGUGUUCCUUUUGUUGAAAUGAAAAUCGGAAUCAUGCCACAGACUGCCUUGCCCAUCUAUAAACUGCAAUAACCUUUAUUUUACAACCUUGAAUGCAACCUGCACUGGACUUGAGUUCAUUCUAUUGUUAAGCACUCAGGAAAAUGUAGAGUGAAACUGCAUUUUGCUAUAACAAAUUUGUAGAGAUUUCAUAAUUUGUGUAUAUUGGAUACAGUACUGUUUUUCUGAAUGAUUUUUGUACUUUUCUGAAGUAACAUUCAUGCAUGGUAGUGUCUUCCAGCAGAAGCUUGGAUACUAUACUUUUUAUAAAUGUAAUUGCGAAGCCCUCCUUGCGUUCUCAUUUUGUAAAGAAAUAUUAAGUCCUUAAUUUGUUUAAGAAAACUCCAAUCACCAAGUCUCAAGUACAUCUUUUUGUUUUUUUAUUAACGAAAAAUGUGAAGGGUUUUUUAAAAAAAAAAGAAUGCUACACUACACGUGAGUGACUGAGGAUUACAUAUCAUUUCAGUACUGUAUAUGUUUUUGGCUGAUGAGAACUAUCAGUCUGCCAUGGAAUAGAGUAGAUAUUUAUUCAGUGUUGAAAACAAUUUGUGGGAUGUUGAAUUUCUCCUGUAUUUAUAAAAUCUGUAAUUGAAUGACACCUGGGGAGGGGGGAUAAGGGGAGUUGUGUUUUUUUCCCCUCUCGGCUUCAUUUUCUGAGUUUGUUUUGCGUUUUACACGUCCUUUCAAAUGACCAUUAAAACAUGUAAACCGCGAACCAAAUUGAUGUACGUUUCUGACAUUACCCACUUUUGAAUUUGAUAUUUGUUUUGUAAAAAUGACUUUGUCUUUCUCUUUGUAUAAAUAAAAGGUUUAAGUUGUCA